CCUAAAACCUCUCCCCAUUCUACCCGCUUCUUCAAAAAUCCCCAAUUUUACAAAUUCGUUUGUAAUUGGAGGGAUGGCGACUUCUGCGAACAAGAUCAAGAACGCAAAAUUGGUUCUUCUUGGAGAUGUAGGAACGGGGAAAUCUAGUAUAGUUCUUCGAUUUGUUAAAGGGCAAUUUGUUGAAUUUCAGGAAUCGACGAUAGGUGCGGCUUUUUUUUCGCAGAUGUUGGCAGUUAAUGAUGAGACAGUGAAGUUUGAGAUAUGGGAUACAGCAGGACAGGAGAGGUACCAUAGCUUGGCUCCAAUGUACUAUCGGGGAGCUGCGGCAGCUAUCGUUGUGUAUGAUAUAACGAACCCGGCCUCUUUCACUCGAGCAAAGAAAUGGGUUCAAGAACUUCAAGCCCAGGGUAAUGCAAACUGUGUUAUGGCUCUUGCUGGAAACAAAGCUGAUCUACUAGAGUCUAGAAAAGUCUCCACAGAGGAGGCCAAAAUAUAUGCCCAGGAAAAUGGUCUUUUCUUCAUGGAAACGUCAGCUAAAACUGCAAUUAAUGUCAAUGACAUGUUCUAUGAAAUUGCGAAGACACUGUUGCAUCAGGCUGAACCAUCUCCGAACCCUACAGGAAUGUUUCUUUCAGAUAGACCUGCUCAAAGAAAUGCUUCUUCAUGCUGCUCUUAAUCAGAUGCUGGGGUCAUCGAUUAACUCGUGUUUACUGAGAAUUUUAAUCACCGAGGAUAUAGUUUGUUCCUUUUUUAUGCUAUAUUUUUUUUAAGGCAUCCCCAUUUGUGUAUAGCUUUCGCCUCUUAAUGUGAUGUGUGCCCAAUCGCCGUCUGUGUAUAUCGUAUUCUCUGGGUUAUCAAUUGAAGAUUUCAUGAAAGUGAAGUAGUAAGGUAUGGGUUAUCACAGGCUUAUUAAUUGGAACUGUAUCUUAUUUGAAUGACAUGAAUAUGCUUGCUUUUUGGAUGUA